CCAAUCAAAAUCGACUAGGAAGCUGCAGACCACACUAUGCUUUAUGAAAACAAUGGCUCAGAAAGUGCAUUUCGUGUUUUCUUUCCAUAUGUGACAUUUACACGUCUUAUUAUCAAGGAAAUGUACUGCCGUAGUUUCACAACGUCAGAAUGCCAUGGAAUACAUUUUAUGGGAAGAUAAAAGUAUCUGUUAGUUAGUUAGUGUUAGUUAGUUUAAAAAUCACUAUGCUCCUAUCGUCUGUCCAUCACGGAGUCAGGACAGUUCCAGGCGUCUUUAAGACAAGCAGAUGGACUCCACUCUUCAGGCACCUGAGCUCCUUUGAUGGAGUACCCCCUACUGAAACUAUCUUUGCAUUAUCAUCAGGCCAUGGUAAGUGCGGUGUUGCUGUGGUCCGGAUCAGUGGACCCGCAUCUUCAACAGCCCUCAGGUGUAUGGCGGGGCUGACACGCAACCUGCCUCUUCCUCGGAGCGCAUUGUUAAGGAGCAUCACGCAUCCUCAGUCAAAAGAGGUGCUGGACCGUGGGAUUGUCCUUUGGUUCCCAGCUCCUCAUAGUUUCACAGGAGAGGACAGUGUUGAGUUUCACAUCCAUGGAGGUCCAGCUGUUACCGCUGCUGUCCUUCAGGCUCUAGGAAGUGUGCCUGGCAUGAGGCCCGCUGAGUCUGGGGAGUUCACGCGAAGAGCCUUUCAAGCAGGGAAACUCGGGCUGACGGAGGUAGAGGGACUCGGGGAUCUGAUCCAUGCCGAGACUGAGGCCCAGAGGAGACAGGCAUUAAGGCAAAUGUCAGGAGAACUUGGCCAUCUCUAUCAGAGCUGGAGUCAAAACAUGAAACGGUGUCUUGCCCAUGUGGAGGCCUUCAUAGACUUCAGUGAAGACGAGCUUAUUGGGGAUGGCGUCUUAACCAGAGUGGAUGGAAUGGUGCGGGAUUUGCAAAGUGAGGUGCUGCGGCACCUGAGGGACCAGAGGAGGGGCGAGCGGCUACGCAGCGGGGUGCAGGUGGUCAUCGCGGGAGCCACCAAUGCGGGCAAAAGCAGCCUCCUCAACACACUCUGCCAGAGACCUGCAGCCAUUGUGUCCCCCAUUGCCGGAACCACCAGAGAUGUGGUGGAGACGGCUCUAGACGUUGGCGGCUUUCCUCUUGUCUUGAGCGAUACAGCAGGCCUCAGAGAUACUCGGGACCUGGUGGAGAAAGAGGGCGUCCGUCGAGCUCGUGAACGAGUUGCGCAAGCAGAUUUGACUCUGGUGGUUGUGGACUCUUCACUUCUCCCUACUGAUGUCAAGCAAGCGCCAGACUUUCUUCAGGACCACCUCAGAAAUGUCCUGCUCGAUCAGAAGCAGAUCCACGCAGACUUACCAUCUGACAGAUUCCUUGUGGUCCUGAACAAGGCGGACUUGCUGCCUGAGCAACAGCGCCAAAUGCUAAAAGUGAACUUUGGAUGCAUCUCUGGCCUUCCUCAGGUUUGUGUGAUAUCCUGUCACACUAAUGAGGGACUUCAAGACUUCCUCGCAACACUGCACAGCAGAGUGAAGACUUUGUGUGGCGACCCUCUGUCUGGUGCCCCUAGCCUGACCCAAGCACGCCACAGAGCCCACCUGCAGCAAUGUGUGGCCGCCUUGGAUCAGUACCAGCGAUACCGUGACCUCGACCUGGCUCUGGCAGCGGAGGGCAUUCGCUUGGCUCUCACCAGCCUGGGCCGGAUCACCGGAAAAGUUGGGCCCGAGGAGAUACUGGAUAUUAUUUUCAAAGACUUUUGCAUCGGCAAAUAGUUGGCUGGCCCAUUUCCAUGUCAAUGAUCAUUCUGUAAAUGGCCCCCACAGGCUGGAGAGUCAGUGAAAGAACCUUGGCACCGUGCCAAGCUUUGUGUCACUAAAAGAACACAUUGCAUUUUUGGCUCCGAUCGGUUCCCGAGACACUGCAGAUGGUAUUUUCUUUCUUAUCUGUGUGGAGUGUACACAUGUGCGGCACACGAUGUACGAGAGGUUGGCCAGUUUUUGGUCAGGUUUGAAAACAGUGUGUGGACUUUGAUGAGUGUUUAUUGGGCCCCUGAGUCCAAACAAAUCAAAUUUGGUGGCGCAUAAUAAAAGUGGCAGCACUUGACCACUGCAAGGUCACAACUCUCAGUACGGAUGUUUGUAUGUUCAGUCUGACCUGGAACAGCAGUUGUCAUUUCAGCUGCAUCCACUCAUUCUUCUGUUUUUGUUUUGCUGUGUUAAAGCUGGCAGUUGAUUCGACCAACAUAUUUGGGGUUUAAAAAAAAUAAAAAAAAUUGGACACUCAAAUGCCAGUCAUAUUUUAUUUUAAUAAACAUUUAAACCUGUUAAAA